CGGAGCUCAGCCUGCGCGCCUCGCCACCCGCGGAGCGGAGCCUGCCUGGGGGCGCCCCUCGGACAGUAUGUCUCAGUGGAGUCAAGUCCAGCAGUUGGAAAUAAAGUUUUUGGAGCAGGUAGACCAGUUCUAUGACGAUAACUUUCCCAUGGAAGUCCGACAUCUACUAGCACAGUGGAUAGAAAGCCAAGAUUGGGAGGCCGCUUCCAAUAAUGAACCAAUGGCAACAAUCCUCUUACAGAAUUUGUUAAUACAAUUGGAUGAACAGUUAGACCGGGUUUCUCAAGAAAAGAACCUCCUGUUGAUACACAACCUGAAAAGAAUCAGGAAACUUCUUCAGGGAAAAUACCAUGGUAAUCCUAUGCACAUAGCAGUUAUUAUUUCAAACUGCUUAAGAGAAGAGAGAAGGAUAUUGGCUGCAGCCAGCAUGCCUGUACAGGGACCACUAGAAAAACAAUUGCAGAAUUCCGUAGUUUCAGAAAGACAAAGAAAUGUGGAGCACAAAGUGUCAGCCAUUAAGAACAGUGCCCAGAUGACAGAACAAGAUAUUAAAUACUUAGAAGAUUUGCAAGAGGAGUUUGACUUCAGGUAUAAAACAAUACAGAGCCUAGAACAGGGUGACAAAAACAGCGUCCUGAUGAAACAGGAAAUGGUGAUGUUGCAGGAAAUGCUCAAUACCUUAGACUACAAAAGAAAGGAAGUCCUUAGUAAAAUGGCACAAGUAAUAAAUGAAAGUGACGUCUUGAUGAACAACAUGCUGCUUGAAGAGCUUCUAGACUGGAAGAAGCGCCAGCAAAUUGCCUGCAUUGGAGGUCCUCUACAUAGUGGGCUUGAUCAGCUCCAGAACUGUUUUACACUGCUGGCAGAAAGCCUUUUUCAAAUAAGAAGGCAACUGGAAAAAUUGGAUGAGCUGUUGACUAAACUGACUUAUGACGGAGAUCCUAUUCUACUGCAAAGGCCUCACCUGUUGGAAAGAGUCAACUUCUUGCUCUACAAUCUUUUCCGAAGUUCAUUUGUGAUUGAAAGGCAGCCCUGCAUGCCCACCCAUCCCCAGAGGCCAAUGGUACUUAAAACCUUAAUACAGUUCACUGUCAAACUAAGGCUACUAAUUAAAUUGCCAGAGCUGAACUACCAGAUCAGAGUGAAAGCAACUAUUGACAAGAAUGUGUCAACUGCAAGUAAUCGCAGAUUUGUUCUAUGUGGCACUCAUGUCAAAGCUAUGAAUAUGGAUGAAUCUGCAAAUGGAAGUCUGUCUGUAGAAUUUAGACAUUUGCAGCCCAAAGAAAUGAAAUCAAGUGCUGGAAGCAAAGGAAAUGAGGGCCCUCAGAUGGUAACUGAAGAGCUGCACUCCAUCAGCUUUGAAACACAGGUCUCCCUGUAUGGUCUAACUAUAGAUUUGGAGACAAGCUCUUUGCCUGUAGUGAUGAUUUCCAAUGUCAGUCAGUUACCUAAUGCUUGGGCUUCUAUUAUUUGGUACAACUUGUUGUCAAAGGAUUCUCAGAACCUGGGUUUCUUUAACAAUCCUCCUACUGCCACUCUGGGUCAACUCUUAGAAGUACUGAGCUGGCAGUUUUCAUCUUAUGUUGGUCGUGGACUCAAUUCUGAGCAGCUCAAUAUGCUGGCAGAGAAACUUAUAGGGCAACAAAUUAGUUACACUGAUUAUCAACUGUCCUGGGCAAAGUUCUGCAAGGAACAUUUACCUGGAAAGUCAUUUACCUUUUGGGUAUGGCUCGAAGCAAUACUGGACCUAAUUAAAAAACACAUUCUUCCUCUUUGGAUUGACGGGUAUAUAAUGGGAUUUGUGAGCAAGGAGAAAGAACGAGUUUUGCUCAGGGACAAAAUGCCUGGAACAUUUUUAUUAAGGUUUAGUGAAAGCAACCUAGGAGGAAUUACCUUUACCUGGGUGGACCCAUCAGAAAACGGAGAAGUAAGGUUCCACUCAGUGGAACCCUAUAAUAAAGGUCGUUUAACUGCGCUGCCAUUUGCUGACAUUUUGCGAGAUUACAAAGUGAUUUUGGCAGACAAUGUUCCUGAAAAUCCACUGAAAUAUCUGUAUCCAGAUAUUCCCAAAGAUAAAGCCUUUGGCAAAUACUACAGCUGUCAGCCAAAUGAAGUCUCAAGACCUACAGAAGGAGCGGUCAAAGGUUAUGUCCCUGCUGUAUUUAUCCCAAUCUCCAAAAUCCUAUAUGAUUCCACAGAUCCACAUUCUCCAUCAGAUCUUCUUCCCAUGUCUCCAAGUGUUUAUGCUGUGCUGAGAGAACACCUGAGUCCCACAGUAAUUGAAACUGCUCUGAGUUCUCCAUAUUCAGCUGACUGAAAUUCAGACACCAUGAAGAACAACAAAGCAGCCAAAAUACUUUAUAAAAUGAAAGUUUAAAAAAAGAAGUUGUUUCUGCAGCUUUGUAAAUAAGGGUUUCCUGGAGGCCAAUGCGAUGUUCUUCUUGGGCCUACAUGUACUUUCAAAUGCAUGUAAAUCAGAAGCCUCCCCAAGGAAGUCACUGGAGUUACAAACAUCUGGCAUCAUUUGGGUCCUGCCACUGAAGUUCUCACUCAAGGGAAUAUUACCUCUUAACUCAAUGGGCCAAAUCCUUCCCUGGUGUGCAACUCCAUUGACUUUACAUUACAUUGGCAUUACACUAGGUAUGAAUUUAGCCCAGCGGGCCUGCUUAUGGAAAUAAGGACUGCAGUGUUGCUGUAAAAUAGGACUUACGGUAGGAUGGAGAUGUUCUGUUCAUGAAACAUUUUGAAAGCAAGAUUUCAGAAUAACUAAAGAGAUUUAAGAUGUGUUCAGAAAAUCAGGAUUUAUGCUGUCCAUUUCAUGUUCUGUUUGUAUAAUGUCUAUUUCUUUGGCUUUUAUUUUAAAUUAAAGGUUCUCAUCCAUCCCUUCAUGACACUGACCAUAGGUGCUAGGCGUCAGCUUUUCCUGCCAUGAACGGCUUUCAGUACAAAGGGACAGAUUUUAUCUUCCUGCAGUAAAGGGGGAGGGAAGAAGGAGGAGAAGGGAAUAAUGGGAAUAGAAGAGUUCGCUAGAAACUCUAGAGCAGGGGUGGGUAGUUAAUUAGUUUUUGCUAAGUUCUAUAUUUCUCGGUCAAGGUCCAGACUCCAGAGAAAAUAAUAAAAAUAACAAUAAUAAGAAAAUAAAAAGAUUUCGGGGUCUGUUUAAAAGUAUCUGGUGGUCCGGAUUUGUCCCGCAGGCCACCUAUUGAUUACCCCUGCUCUAGAGGCACUACACUUUGAAGGUCACUAAAUUUCUGUACCUCCAAUCUGCAUCUGUAAAGCAGGGUUAAUAAAAUCUCUCUGUCUUGCAGGACAUUUGUGAGGGUAAAUGUAUUCAGGGUUGUGAGGCACUACGAUGAAUACUUCAGAAAAGCCCAUAAAGAAAGAAAACAGUCCUUAUUCAAUGCAGAGUUUAGAUGGUGUGCCAUAAUCAAGGCCUUAGAGGGACACAGAAUGAUUAAAAAGGAUACCAAAGAGCUGCUUCAUUUUCUGAGUACUGUCCAACAUGCACCUAGUCAGAGUGCACAGUUACAGAGAGCUAAAUUACCUCAGAUAUAGAUGUAAAUAAGCAGAAUAACCAGUUCUUAACAUAAAAGGUUAUUUGCCUUUUUAAAGCAGCCAAGUUACUCUUAGUCAUGACAGUCUGUCUUUUCUCAGAAUUACCCAUGACAAAUUAACUUUUAGAAUAACUUAGGGCUGGUCCACACUAAGAAGCGGGGUCGAACUAGGGUACGCAAAUUCAGCUACGUGAAUAGCGUAGCUGAAUUCGAAGUACCCUAGUUCGAACUACUCACCCGUC